AUGUUUGCCGAGUGGAACAAAGCUCGCAAGAGGGGACGAGAGGAGGACGAUGUGCCCGCGGGCUUCAGUGAACAUAGAUCUAAACGUCGAAUAGCAGCGUUACCACAUCGACAGUCACCGAAUCUCGCUCGUCCACUGUCCCCUCCCUUUUCUUUCAACACAAAUUAUACUUCGCAGCCUCCCGCCCCUCCCACGAUUACACCGGUGGAUUCUGACGUGGAGGAUAAGCCUGCGUCCGAUGAACCCCGAUCCUUCUUCUCACCGUUUUCCUCCUCUCCAGCAUGUACAGUAACACCAAACCCAGCGGUAUCGCCUUUCAGUUCACAGAACACCCAAUUGUCGGACGCAGCCAUGUACUCUGACGAGAUGGAAAUGUCCGAUACAGUGCAUCUAUCGCCAGGUUCAUUUCACAACGACCCGUCAUUAACCAUUUCUGGAAGAAUACCUACACCGAUACAUAGCUCGUUCGCGCCAUAUAUUCGGUCCGAGAAAGCUUCUGUCCAUCACGAGAAUGAUUUUGCGGAUGACGAGGCUCUGGUUGACCGGUUCCGGCGAGGCAGACGAUUACCAAGCCCGAUCAGUGAAGGAGAGAUGAGUCCGAGUGUGAUCAUUGACGGAAUGGGUGAUAUGCAGAUGGAGGUCGAUAACUCAUCGCAUCCUGAGCGCGAAACUCCUACAAAGAAAGGACAUACACGAUCAAAGCACAGUUUGCGGAACUGGACGGGAUCAGGCUUUGCUUCCGAAUUCAAUGGCAAUAUGAAGAAGAGCUUUAGUAUGGGCUACAGAGCUGAUUGCGAGAAAUGUCGAUUGAAGGUGCCAGGACAUUUUAGCCACAUCAUCACGUAUUAA